GCUGCUUCCUUAGCUUUGCCCCUGCCCGCCCGCCCGCCGCGGGCUCGGCGCCGGGAUGGGACUCUGCUUGCCGUGCCUGGGGGGAGCUGCCGACACCGUGGUGGAGACGCCUGACCCCGAAAUGAGAAGAAGACAACUUGCAGAAGCUGCAGAAAAAAGGCAAAUGGAGGCUGCUUCCCGUGGUAUUAAGAAUCUGUCUUCUGUGGAGCAGAAGAAAAGGAAACAGGAGGAAAUGGAGAAACGUCUUGAAACUGCAGGGCCUGGCCCCGAAGGAGGUGGACUGAGAUGGCAAGUUGGAUAAUUCUACGUGCAGCUCUUGAAGCAAAGGAAAGGGAAACGUCCUACUGCCAGUACCUUGCCAGUUCCUACAGCUGAGUGGCAUUUGUUCAUAGUUUGGGUUUUUGCUGUCGCUUGCCUCCAAAGAUGCAGCAGUACUAGGCCAUGGUAGCAGGGCAGAUGAAUGACACACACUAAGGAUGUUGUCAAACCAAAAUCUCACAAUGUUAUAGCUGGGAUGGCCAAAAACCAGUCACUUACUACUUAUGUUGCCAUACAAAUUGACUCUGCAUGUCUUAACAUAGUGGGGCCAGGGCAGUUGUGGAAGAGACCCUUUGUGUAGAUAAAUUAAGUGCUCAUGCUCAAAUUGGUUAUGGUUAAAAUUUCUGUUUCUAAAAAUGUCCCUCAGUAUUUAACAGUGUUAAAUUGAAAGAUUCACAUUUGAAAGAUUCAAGCCAUAGUUCUUGGGUUCCUGGCUCUGAGCUAAAUCUGGAGAUUUUUUGGGGGGGCGCUGUUUGUGCCUUAAAAAUCCCAGUCCUUACAUCUUCUGUGUCCUUAUGUCUUACAUUCUGUCUUUGAGGGGAAUACAGAAAUACAGAGAAAUGUGGACUGUUCAUUUGUUAACAGGAAAAAAAAAAAUUGGGCACAGUCAUAUUUUUCUUUUACCACAUGUAGGGAAGAACCACCAAACGGCAGCUACACUUAUCUUACAAUCUUGUGAUGAAAUUUCUCUGUUGAAAAAGAUGUCCAUAUAAGCUUAGUUGAUAACCAGUCUGAAAUUUUUUUGGAGAAUAAUUGAAUUCUGCAAAUUGAUCCAGUGUACCAAGCAUUCUUUUAAACUUUAUGAUUAAUAUAUGCAUACUCUGCAGUAAAUAAAUUGAUGUGCUUUAUUCAGCCAUCUCUUAAAUGUU